AUGCCACCCAUCCACCUUGACCCACCAAACCGACCCACGCAUGCAAAGCGCCAGGGCCACGCCAAUCGGAGGCGAAAAAGAGAAAGAGAGAAGGAGGCUGUAAAGUUAGAAAGCCGGGAACGAAUUUGCCCAUACAAGCCUCGCCCAGCUACGGUGAAGAAGCACGUCAAGUCCUCCAAACCACGCCUCACGAAGUACAACAACGACACGAUUCCAAUCGCGUCUUCGAGCUACCUAGCUCUUCCUGGGCCCAAUUCGUCAUCCAAGUUUCCCCUUGAGCAGCUGGUUGGGCCUCAGUUGCGGUUUAAGAUGCAGAAGGUCGUUUGGGAUGGCACAAUCUCCAUGCCCAUCGUUGAUGAAGGUGGUCGAUACAUCGGGCUUUGUGCCAGCUCUGAUGCCUCUGACUGGCCAGACGUGCAUCAGUCUGCAGCCGCUGCUCUGGAGGAAGCUCGAGGACGGAUGUCCUGGGGAAAAAAGGAUAGGCGGCAUCGGCGUGGGGCUUUCUUUGCAUGUAACGUUGGUAUCUCACAUGGGGGUGGAAAGACUAAGCCCAUGGUUUUGCAUCACAAUGCCCCCGAUGACGCCAUUCUCUCUGGGCUUCUGAAACACCCCUCGUUCAUUCAAAUGGCUGGACAUGCGUCAGGAAUUUUUGCCACAUGGGCACCUAGGCUCCACUCCUACUAUGCCGACCACCUACAGAAACUCCUGGACAAUGAUGAGACCCUCACCCGUAUUGUAAACACGAUGCAGCUGUAUAUACCAUUUAGCACGUACAUAUUGCAAUGGCCUUUUCCUUGA